AUGGGUGAGGAUCAGAUGAAUAUGGUUAUUGCCAGAAGUGUAGAGGAGCCAGCAGGGCACAAAGAAGAUCACCAAACUAUUAGUUGUUUUAUGGACACAAAAGUACCAGUUUUAGGGAUUGAGAGCCCAGUACAGGCAAUAGUCAAAGGGCAGGAGAGCAAAGCUACUAAAUCGAGACAAGUGUCACAGUGGAAAAGAAGAGCUACUUCUGAUGGGAGAGUGCUGAUAAUUAAUGAAAGCUACAGAGAAAGUAUUCUUACUAGUGAUCUUAUAAGAAGUAGGGAGCUUGAGAAUCCAAAUCAGUUUAAAAGCCUAAGUAUUGUGGGUGAGGAUCAGAUGAAUAUGGUUAUUGCCAGAAGUGUAGAGGAGCCAGCAGGGCACAAAGAAGAUCACCAAACUUUUAGUUGUUUUAUGGACACAAAAGUACCAGUUUUAGGGAUUGAGAGCCCAGUACAGGCAAUAGUCAAAGGGCAGGAGAGAAAAGCUACUAAAUCGAGGCAAGUGUCACAGUGGAAAAGAAGAGCUACUUCUGAUGGGAGACUGCUGAGAAUUAAUGAAACCUACAGAGAAAUAGUCCGUCAUAACAUCGUGGGCCAUGGAGUCCAGUCCUAUGCCCGUACCAUCACCAUUGCAGGGGAGAUUGAUGCCAGCAUACGAAGGGAAGCCAAUCAUGAUCGUCUUCAGCCGAUUUCCUCCAUUCAAUCCUCAAUACCAAAUGCUCCCAGCAGGCCCAGUGCCCAGGCCCUACACGCCCUGCAGCCCAAAACCAAGGCCCAAUGGCAUUUUUGGCCCAAUCCUUGGUCCAUUGACCACUUUAAAUCUUGUCAACAAGACCAUUUGGUCUUUCAUGGAGUCCAACCCAAGAACCAAGCAAAAGGACAAGGGGACAUGUCUUUUUUUAUGUCCCCAAGGCAUGUCCCCCACUAUAGGUUGGACCAAGACCACUUAAAUCAAUUCCUAUCAACCAAAAUCGGUUCCAACACUUCGAAUACCAGAAGAGUCCUUCAUUUCCACUCCUUAGGCUCAGCCCAAGCAAAACCCGUGAGCCACCCAUGUCGAGCCACUCGGGCCGCGCCUUUCGCGCCCAAACUGAGCCCAACCGAGCCAAGGCUCAACCACUUCGAAUUUUCAGCAUUUUAA